AUGCGACACUAUCGCUGGGCCCUACUCGCCAUACCCCUCGCGCCCACAUUGAUCCUCUCGGUUCCGCGCGCCCACGCCGUUAUGGUUUCCGCCUCCGGUCCGUCAACGUCAACGUCAGCGGUUGCUGAUCCGUCAAAGUUCGGCUACCGGUCGACGGCGGAAGAUGUGACGGCGGGCGUCGAUUUGAGCGGCAAAGUAGCAAUCGUAACGGGCGGCAGCAGCGGCAUCGGCACGGAGACGGCGCGGGUGCUGGCUCUGCGGGGCGCGUCCGUGGUGCUCGCGGUGCGCAACACGGAGGCCGGGGAGGCCGCCAAAGCCGCCAUCAUCAAGGACAUCGAGGCUCGAAGCGCAGCGGCGGCGGCGGGGGGAGUUCCGCCGGCAGUGCGCGAGCGCGUGAGCGUGAUGCCUCUGGAUCUGGGGUCGCUCAAGUCCGUGCGCGCGUUCGCCGCGGACUACCUGCGCCUUAACCGCCCUCUGCAUCUGCUCAUCAACAAUGCGGGCGUGAUGAUGUGUCCGUACAUGCUCACAGCGGAUGGCUAUGAGAACCAGUUCGGUACCAACCACGUGGCUCACUUCCUGCUGACCAACCUGCUGCUGCCGAAGCUUAAGGAAACCGCGAAGCAGGAGGGUGCAGAGGCGCGCAUCGUGAUCGUGUCCUCCGCCGCGCACCAGUUCCCGUACCCGGGCGGCAUCCGCUUUGACGCCAUCAACGCCAAGGAGGGCUACGACAUGAUGAAGGCGUAUGGGCAGUCCAAGCUCGCGAAUAUUCUGCACGCCAGAGAGCUCUCGAGGAGGCUCAAGGAGGAGGGAGCAGGCGUGACAGUGAAUGCGCUGCACCCGGGGGUGAUUCACACCAACCUCACGCGCUACUUGGUGCCGGAGGGGACUAUCUGGCACACAAUCGGACAGGGAGCGUACAACCUGGUGUUCCAGUGGUUCAUGAAGACCAUUCCUCAGGGUGCAGCCACAUCGUGUUUCCUCGCAGCGCACCCCUCAGUGGCGGGUGCGAGUGGGGGCUACUACGCGGACUCACGGGCAGCAGAGGGUAAGGCGACAGCCCUGAGCAAGGACAUGGAGCUAGCUGGGAAGCUGUGGGAACUGAGUGAGAAGAUGGUGAGCAAGGAGUGA